UUCAAUUGUCGACAGUCGACUUACGUAUCCCUAGUGUGCCAGACUACGCAAAGGCAGGCCGCACAGCGACUGAAACAAAAUAGCCGAGGCAAUAGUGAAGUGUGAAACAUAGCAAAAAGUCUAAGGGAAAACUCACAAAAAUGGGAAAUCCAGAUGGUGGUGAUUUUAAUGAAAACGAUACCAUAAUGUCAACAGAGGCAAAUCACCUGCAAAGUAAAUAUGACCAGGAGCAGGAAGAAAUGCAUCUGAAGAAAUAUAAUACUCCGGCCUAUCGAGAGAUUCGUACGCGAAAAAAUGGUCUCAAGGCUAACACCAUGAGCAAUGGUUUCAAGAAAACCACAAAUGGAUUUUACAAUUCAGCAACAAAUUCCAGCACAGAAUAUGGUGUCAAAUCAAAGCCAUCAGCUGCCGAUGGCAUCCUGCCCCCAGCCGAAGAACAUUACCAAAAAACCUCAUUCGAGGAAGUUCCCCUACGCACAGCCUGCCUUACAUAUUUAGGAUUCUAUUUGCUCAUGAUAUUGGGCUAUUUGAAUCAGUUGCUGUUUGUCCCGAAAGUGGCCAAGGAGAAAAAUCGUGACGGCUAUGUUAGCCUUUAUGAUGCCUUUGAAAGUUUCUAUUCUCGUUAUGUGUAUCGAAGAAUACGAGAUUGUUGGAAUCGUCCCAUAUGUAGUGUGCCUGGGGCCGAAUUGACCCUGAAAGAUCGUGUCACACCCGAUUAUGGUUGGUCAUUUGAAUUCACCGGCACCGAGACGACGUGUCUCAAUCUCGGAUCAUACAACUAUUUGGGAUUUGCUGCAGCCACGGGUCCCUGUGCCGAUGAUUCGGAGAAAACAUGCCGAGAAUGGGGUUUGGCCCUGUGUAGUCCACGUGUAGAAUUGGGCACCACCCAGUUGCAUUUGGAUUUGGAAAAGUUGACAGCCCGUUACUUGGGCGUUGAGGAUGCCAUUGUGUUUGGCAUGGGUUUUGCCACAAAUGCUUUGAAUUUACCCUCUUUGCUGUCACCCGGUUGUCUGGUAUUGAGUGAUGAAAAGAAUCAUGCUUCUAUCAUUUUGGGUUUACGUUUGUCCGGCGCCACCACCAAGGUGUUCAAACACAACAACAUGAAAGAUUUGGAACGUGUUUUGAGACAGAGCGUAGUCUAUGGUAAUCCCAAGAAUGGCGGCAAACCAUGGAAGAAAAUCCUCAUAAUUUGUGAGGGUGUCUACAGUAUGGAGGGCAGUAUUUGCCGCCUGCCCGAAAUUAUUGCCUUGAAAAAGAAAUACAAGGCCUAUUUGUAUUUGGAUGAGGCUCACAGUAUUGGUGCCUUGGGACCCAACGGUGGCGGCGUUGUGGAUUAUUUCAAUUGUGAUCCCAAAGAUGUGGAUAUUCUAAUGGGUACAUUUACAAAGAGUUUUGGUAGUGCUGGUGGCUAUAUUGCAGGAUCAAAGAAAUUGGUGGACUUCUUACGCACAAACAGUCAUGCCCAUUGUUAUGCAGCCACAAUGUCUCCGCCAGUGGCCCAGCAAAUUUACACUUCAAUGAGUAUUAUCAUGGGUGUUGAUGGCAGUGAUCUCGGUCGGCGGAAAAUCAAUCAAUUGGCUCGCAACACCCGCUAUUUCCGCAGACGUUUGGCCCAAAUGGGUGUCAUCACUUAUGGCCAUGAAGAUUCACCAGUUGUGCCUAUGUUGGUGUAUCUUUUCUCCAAAAUUGGAGCUGUUGUACGUACCUUAACUACCCGCAAUAUUGCUGUUGUUGGCGUCGGUUUUCCUGCCACACCCAUUAUGGAGGGUCGCAUACGUUAUUGUCUGUCGGCGGCACAUACCAAAGAACAAUUGGACUACGCUCUGGACGUUAUCGAUGAAAUUAGCGAUAACUUGGGUUUGAAAUAUUCCCGCAAACCUAUAGAUCCUAAUCCCAUAGAGUAUUGAGUUAGAUAUUGAAUAAUUCCUGCGAACACACACAAAACUACUUUUAUUCAAUAGGGCUAUCAACUAUUCUAUCUCUUUCGAUAAAUUCAAACUUUACACGCUCCAUUUUGGUCUAAAGAACACAAAAAAAUGAACAAAAAACUACAAAGAAAACCAAAAAUUGUUACAAACUUUACUUUAAUUGAAACAAACUUGAAACACUUUACAAAAGCUCUGCUUCAAAUCAAAACAAAGAAAAAUAAUACGAAACAAACAAACAAUAAGCAAAAAGUACAUUACAGAAAAAAAAGAAAACGUUCUAUCACAAUAAAACCAAACAGAAAUUUUAUUAAAGAUCUUCUUACAUAUAUAUAUUUUAGCAUUAUAUAUAGUUGGUACACUAAGUACCGCAGUACUAAUUUAAGAACAGAAACCAAGUAUCUUUAUUCGAGUCAAAUUGCAAAGUUUACAAAUGAAAAACAAAAUACACUUAACUCAACUAAUGAAAUAUUUGUCCAUUUGUUUAGUUUUUAAGUCGAAUUUGGAUUACAACACAAAGCGGUGCUACAAAAGUCGUUCUAAAGUGAUCCAGUCUAAAAUGUAGAUAGUUUUUUAAGUGGCGUAUUAUUAAAGUCUCCAAAAAAGAAAUAAUUUAUAUUAAAAACUACUUUGUUUUUCUUGAUUAAACACGUCGUAUAGAGUAUAGACCAUUCUAAGCAUUUAGAGUUGAGGCAUACACAUUUGUUUUGGAAACAAUGGACUAUUAAUGUAUUGAACAUUGUAUUUAUUAAGAUAUAAUUAUAUUAAUUAUUUUUAAAAGAAUAUACACAAAAAAAAAAAAUUUGCAAAAUAUUCAGAAAUCUUUUUUUAAGUUUUUCCAAUGGAUAUCAUAACAAUAUAUUGCUAAAAAGUAUUGUAAAAUAGAGAGAAUGCAGCUAAAACCCUAAUUUUACUAUUUUAUUUUCUCCGUCCCUUUUAAAUUUUUAAUGCAUUAGUGGGUCCAAGGUUUAUUUAAAAGGUUAUCCGUUAAGAUCAGCUGAUUUGCUCCGUAUUAUCAAAACGCAAUCAAUUGUGAAUUUAACAUAUGAAAUGUUAACAAUAAUUUUGAGAUUAUGAGGGUAUUUCAAUUAUUUAAUCGACCUAUGCUGGGAGAAGAAAUUUUAAUACUUCCCCGUAUCUGUAACGCCUAAUAAGCUAAACCUAUUUUUUAAAAAGUUUUGGUUUUUAUAGCUUCCCUAUAUCAAUCGACGCCAUGGAAAUAAUUGACGUUCUUUAUAGUUUUUCUUGAAAUGGAAUUCUUAGAAUGAUGGUUUGGAAAUAAAAAAUAUUGAAAAAUUAAAUAUGCAGUUGUCCUUCCCACAUAAUACCUUUAGUUGGUGGGUUUGAAAAAAGUUUCCAAUGGGGUAAAAAUUCCAUUAGGUUUUUAAAUCCGUACGGUUAUUUCUAAAGGCAUUAAGAUUCUGAAAGCACUAAAAAUUUGAAAAUUGUAACAUUAGACAGGUUUCAAGUCCAUAUCGCAGCUUUUGGACCCAUGUGGGACACUUCUUCAUACAGAUUUCGAGCACGGGACCAAGGUUUGAAAAAAAUUCCAAUGGGGUAAAAAUCCUAUUAGGUUCUCAAAUCCGUACAGUUAUUUUUAAAGACAUUUAGAUUCUAAAAGCACUGGAAAGUUGAAGAUUGUAACCUUAGGCAGGACUUCAAGACUAUAUCGCAGGUGGCAAUUAUAAUAACUUCCAUACAUUUUUGAUUUGAUCGAUUCUAAUGGGGUAAAAAUUUUAUUAGAUUCUCAAAUCCCUACAGUUACUUUUAAAGAUAUUUAGAUUCUAAAAAAAUGUGAAAAUUGUAAUCUUAGACAGGACUUCAAGUCUAUAUCGCAAGUAUCAAUUAGAAUAACUUCUUUACAUUUUUGAACUUUUGGACCCAUAUGGGAAACUUCAGACGCACGGGACCAAGGUUUGAAAAAAAAUUCCAAUGGGUUAAAAAUCUUAUUAGAUUUUCAAAUCCGUACAGGAUUUUUUUAAAGACAUUAAGAUUCUAAAGGCACUGGGAAUGUGAAAAUUGUAACCUUAGACAGGACUUCAAGGCUAUAUCGCAGGGGCAAUUAUAGUAACUUCCUGGCAUUUUUUAUCUUUUGGAAGCCUAUGGGACACUUCAGACGUCUCAACGAAAGGUUCGUCCAGAUUUCGAGCACGGGACCAUGAUUUGAAAAAAAAAUUCUAAUUGGGUAAACAUCUUAUUAGGUGCGGGACCAUUUCAUUUAACUCAGUUUACAAGCCUAAUGUGGGUAUGUGUUCAGACCAAUGCUUAGGUUGUAAAUUGAAUCAGUGCGCAUUUUUACACUUAUACAAUAACAACAAAAAAAUGAAGGGCUAUGUACGAUUGCCCUUGCAAUCGAUAUAGCUAUUAUUUUUUUAGAGGCAACGAUACUCCUUAAGAAUUAGCGAUAUAUGCCCAUUUCUUGGUAAACUUUUUAUAUAACUGAGUAGGCUUUCCAUCCUCGCUAUGUGAGUGAUUUUUGUAAUUUUGAGGAACACAACAUAAUGUCUAAACUGAUUUUUCUAAUAAAAUACGUAAUGGAAGCCAAACCGAAUAUUUACACCAAGCUCUGUCAUAGCCAGUGGAAAAUAUCCUCGUAUAAUGCCACUUUUUUAAAUUUUGACUACAAUACAAUUUGUAUUUAUAUUUUCUGCUUGCAAAUAUCUACAUUUUAGACUGAUUUCGCUUAAAUUUUGUAGCACCACUAUUUUUACUAAUUUAUUCUUAUAUAUAUGUAUAUUUUGUAUUGAUGUGUAAUUUAUACGAUUACAAUGACAACAGCAACAACAAUGUUGAUAAGCAAUAAGUUGUUGCUAUCCUUUGUUAAUUCCUUAAUUUACAUCUAAUAAAAGAAAACGAAGUGAUCAAUUUACACAUAAAAAUACCCACAACACUUUUGAAUGUAAGCGUGAAAGAAGUAAUGUUUGGUUGACUUCAUUAAUGUGGAAAUAUUGAUUAAUUAAGUAAUUAAUUGUUUAGUUAAUUAAUUAGCGCAAUAAAAUUGAGACUCGUAAUCUACUUCUAUUGAGUUGAGAUAAUCAGUAGAUUUUGAAAAGUCCAACAUACCUACUGCAUUUUACUGCUGCAGCAUUGUUGAAGUCAAUUACACAUUACUUAAUUUCUACAUGCAUUACAUAUAUAUUUAUUUAAUAAUACGUAAAUAUUGUUUACUAUAUACCGCUAGCAUUUAUUUUUUGUGUACGCCUCGUUAUUUAUAAAAUAUUUCUCACUACAUCACUUGGUAGAACAUUUUAUGGUAUUAUGAGUAUUAGCUAAACUGAAUUCAUACCAUAAGAUUUUGAAAGUGAAAAUCGCAUAGCCGCAACGAAUAUGUAUGAUGUAUAUAGUCAUAUUGGAAAAGAAGGAAGUCUCUAAAAGAAGAAGAAAUUCAAUAAUAGUUGUUCUGGAAUAACAUCAUCCUGGGGUCAAAUUCCUGCAUUCGAUAUCGAAAGAAUUCCUAUCCUAUACAACCCUACAAUACUAUGUAUUGGGGGUGUUAUAAGUUUGCUUGGGCCUAAAAUUAUGUAGCACCUCAAAAUAUUGGUCGCCGACAUAAGAAGCUAUAUAUGGCCGACCUGAGUCGAUCUAUCUAUGUACAGGGUGAGAUAAAAAAACAGCAACAAAGUCAAACGCCAUAAUGAAAGCAAAAAAAUGUCGGAAAUAGAAUGAAACUUUAAUAUAAGUUAAGAUUUGUUCGAAUUGAUCACCUUUGGCACGAAUUAUGGCCUUCAAACGGCCAAUUAAACCGUCACACGCUGCCCGAAUGUUGCUCUGCGGUAUUUUGACCCAUUCUCGGGCUUGAGGUGAUCGACACUUUGGUAUUUUCAAGUGCUAAACUUGCUUUCCAAAAUACUCCAGACACAAAAGUCCAACGGAUUGGCAUCCGGAGAUUUUUGGUGGCCAUUGUGCGCUGGAAAUGAAGCGAGGAACCUUAUUUUGUAACCAUUGCUGAGUGCGAUUGUGGUGAGUCCUGUUAGAAUAUCCAAGGUCUGCGGCCAAAAUCUUUGCGUACCCAAGGCUUUAAUACACCCUCCAGAAUAUUUUCGCGAUAAUAUUCAGGAUUGAUUCUGUUGUCACGGUCGAUUAGUACAAGCAGAGAGCGACCAUCGGCGUCACCAUGGCCGGCGCUUGAGUUCUGAUGGUCAACUGAAGGUGCCCAUUUUCAACUGACCUCUUUGGCAAGUAAACACGAUCAUUUUGUUUGUUUACAAACUGCUGGACAACUAAUGUUUUCUCAUCGAAUAAAACCAAAUUCGGCAGUUCACCACUUUCGGCCAAGCGAAGCAACUCUUUAGCUCUUUUGAGUCUAUUUUCUUUCUGUUGCGGUGUAAGUUCUUGCACUUUUUGGAAUUUCAAUGGAAUAAUUUUAACAGCUGUCGGACUAGUGGCUUAGAAACGACAGCAGUCUGAAGUUGGUUUGCAGUUUUUUCAUCUCACCCUGUAUAUGUACAAGGAAUUGAUGUUAUUUAUUCCGCUUAUAAGUCUAGAACCGCUGUAUUGUUUUUGAAAAUUCUCACCAAAUUAGGAUUUGCCUCUUGCCCGAAAAGGAUAAAAUCUAAGAAAAUCGCACAAAAAUAUGCCAAUAAAAAAGUGAUUUUUUUGUCAAAAUUUUAGAGUUAGUGUCAGAAUAGAGGCCUAUUGCUUUAAAUUUUCUUUAUUUUACAGUUGCUCUAUGGGUCACAAACACCAAUCAAACCAGAAUUUUGCAUGAGGAGAGAGUUAAGGACAGGGCAGAAGUCUAGCAUUUGGGAAAUUGUAUUUCUUAAUGUGAAACUUUUUUUGAAUACCAGUCAGCACGACAGAGAGAGGGAAAUAUCGGGCAAAUGCUCCUGUCAAGGGUAACGUUUGUGCAGGACUGUCUAGCAUAUUAUCUCAAUAAACUCUGGUUUGGACCUGAGGAGGUUUUCCAAUAUAUUCUAGUGUUGUAGGGCAUGGUUGGCCCAGCACGACUAUAGCCUUUGCUUACUUCUUUGAUAAUAAAUGAAAAUGGUGGUAGAACUCUAGCAUUCAUAAUACCGAUAGUCGUUUCUACUGAAUAUUUCCAGUAAGAUCGAGAUUUUUUUCCAUAUCGAAUGAGUGAAUUUGGCCCACGUAUUUACUCAGAAACAAUGUAAAUUGUUUUCUAAGAGAUUCCAGAAAUUCGAGAAAUUUAAAUUUUUUUGUUAGUUACAAAAUUGAGAAGCAAAUUAAAUAGUAUGUAUAUAAAAAUUUUAAGGGGCUAUCCAAAACUGAUGCUAAAAACUUUAUUCAGAGCAGAGUGAUGUAGUUUAUUAUUAUUUUUUUUUAACCAGCAGCGAUCAACUUGACCUUGUUUUUUGUUUUUUAUUAAAAUAACUGGAGAAAUAUUGUUAAGCUUUAUUAUUAAAUAUCUAGAGAAAUAGAAGAACAAAUUGAAACAAAAAGUGAAUAAUUUAAUGUUAAACGAAACACAAAUAGCUACAGAACUCUAAACACACACACACAAACAUAUGUAUUUUUGUUUAUUAUUGAAUAAGCUGUACACUGCUGUCCAUUUUUUGUAUUGUAAUCUUUGCUAAAAGUAUUUUAUAUUUUGUUAUUUAGUAGGGUUUUAGCAAACGCACCAACAUACAGUGGAUCACAGGUUGUCUAAAUACAAUCUAUUUUAUUUGUUUAUUUCUCUUUCGGGACGAGUUUAAUGAUCUGAAAUUUGCAGUGAAGAGGAAAGUCAGAUAGAUACUAUUACACACUCACCACUAUGCGACGCCUUCGCCGUUGUUUAACCGGCUCAUCAGGCAUAUUGGAUGUGGAUGAUGGUUUACAAGGGCCUUUCUUUGGAAUAUUUAUUUUGAAGUUAUUCCGAUCAAGAAUAUGAUAAUUAAAUACCAGAAACUAGCCAAGUAUCUUUCAAUCUUUUUCAAAGUUAAGUUUGUUUUUGUAGCCAUGGAUUUUACUGGUGAGUGUGUGAUAGUGUUUUUUGGCCUUUAAGAAAUUUCUAAAAAUUAUAUUCUGUAGAAAACACAAUUUCAACUGGGUUGUAAUUCAUAAUCAUGUCAUAAUGUGAUCAAAACUUUAAGAAUGAAAUACAAUUAUGUGAAUUGGAUCCGAUAUAGAGAUAUUUGGUUAGAAUUAGUUAGCAUGAACAUUUGAUUUUCCAAAACUCUGUAAAAUCAGUCCAAAAAUAUAUAUUUUGAAGUAUUAUAUUAAAAAAAUGAGAUGGUAUAUGUCAAUUUGUAUUACCCAGCAAAUAUUAUGAUUGAAAUUUUCCAUUUUUCCAGAUUGAAUUUUUAACUUAAUUUUUACAUUUCAACCUUUUAAAGGCUAGAAGUCAUGGAAGCACUGCGAUGUGAUCCACUGUCUAUAAAUAUGGCACAUUAUUAGUAUUUAUGUUUUAAUUGUUUUUUUUUUUUUCUUAGUUUCGUUAAAUAAACUGAAUGCGUUUAAUUGUUAAGCUUCCUUAAUGUAUUGCAUAAUACAGUGAACACACACAUACACACAGAACAAAAAUCUAUAUCACUUAUAUUGAAUCUUCAAUUGGAUGUAAGCAAGAAUUCAACAGUGAAAAAAUAAAAAUAAAUUUGUUAUACUAAAAGAAAAAAAAAUGAAUGUAUUGAAUUUUUUAAAAUUAAUUUUAAGUUAUGGAAAACAUUUUUUUACCGUACGAUUGAUACGCAUAUGUGGUGAUAAUGUUUGAAAAUAUUGAUGGACCAAAAAAGAAAAAUUACAACAAAAAGAAGUAAAUGCUUAAUUUAUAUUGUACAAAUUCAAUAAACGAAAAGCCUCUGUGAAUCAUCAACAAAA